GCUGCCUGCAGCUAGCGCCGCCGCCGCCGCUCGCCAGCCGCCACGUCUAGCCUAUAAAUCCUCCGUCUCGCUGUAUCUUUCCUCAGAUCACAAACCGUUGCCGAAACUACUCGUCCUUAGGCGCACGCGCUUGAACUUCUUCUUUCUUCUAGCUUCUUGCUUGAACAAAGAGACCGAGAGCAGAGCCAACCAGCAGGCAAGAACCUGUCCGAGCCCAUGGCUGUGCAAGUGGCUUCGCCGGCGAUGGCGGCGGAGAAGACUUUGGCGACGACGGCGUGGUCGUACCCGUACGUGGAGUACAUGGCGCAGUGGGAGCGGCAGGUGGAGCGGCGGCAGCUGUUCCUCCGGAGCUACCACUUCUCCCGCGACGCCGAGGUCUCGCCGCGCGCGCGCACGCGCCGCGUCGUCUGGGCCGGGGCUCGUCGCCUGCGCCGCGCCGCCGCCAAGGGGCUCCGACGCCUCCGGGCGCGCAUCCGCCUCUACUUCGGCUGGGCCGCGCCCGCGCUCCGCCGCCGCUCCUCCCCACGCCGGGGCGCCGUCCACGGGUUCCGGUACGGCCGCCUCCCCCGGAAGGCGCCGCCGGCCGCGUCCGUCUGCUUCUGGUAGCCAUGUCGCGAGCGGCGGCGUGGAGAGCUAGGAUAGAAUCGUAGAAAGAAAGCCAAGACGGCAGCACACUUGUUGGCUUCUACUGUAUGUAUGUCCCAAUUUGGGACGCUGUGAACAUCACUGACAGUCUAGCAUUUUUGUUUCUUUGGCGCCGGAGCAGAGCCUGGAGUUACAGCUAGUUCAGUAUACAG